GCUCCAAAUGAAGCUGUAGCCGCAGGCACGAAAAGGGGAGUAUGUCUCACAUCCAACUUAGAGACUUUGUUGGUAAAAGUAAAACUGAUAUAAACAAAAUGAAUAAAGAAUCUUUGGUAAACUUGUUAUUCAAUAAUAAAGAAAUUGAGCAGUUGGACGAUCUCAAGUCCAUACGAGACAGCAUAGAAGAGCUGAAAAAUAAUGUCAUCAAUCGCCUUCUCAAUGAAAACAAACGACUCAAAAAACAUAUCAAGGAAAUUGAAACUCAAAACUACGAACAGAUGGAUGAAUUGGAGGACAACAUGCGAAGUUUGAUGGCUCAACAAGACAGAUAUUCACGCCGUAAUAAUAUUGAAAUCUCUGGUAUUCCGUCUGAAAUCGACAAUGAAUGCCUAGAAGAAACCUCAAUAAAUAUUCUAAACAGGUUAGAUCUUUCUAUUAACGUAAACGAUGUUGAAGCUUGUCAUCGACUUCCAUUAACAAAAAACGAGCGCAAACAUAACAAACCAAAGCGAACAAUAAUUCGAUUUGUAAACCGGAAGUUCUGUGAGACUGCUCUGGAACGUAGAAAAAAGUUAAAGGAUACUGAUCUUACGUCAAUUUCUCCUAACCUGAAUAGUUCUGAUAUUUUUAUUUCUGAUAACCUGUGCCAAUAUGACUUAAUGUUACUUGGAAUGUGUCGUCAACUGUAUACAAAAGCUAAAAUACAUGCAUGCUGGUCCUGGAAAGGAUCUAUUUCAAUGAAAAUUAAUGAAAAUGAUCGCCCAAUAAAAAUAAACAAUGUAUAUGAAUUAGUAGGAAUGUUUCCUGAUUUUGAUUUCUAUAACUGAAUUUGUAUUAACCUAACUUAUUAUCUGUUUAUUUAUGAUACUUUUUUACUGUCUCUACCAUUAUGAAUUUAACGGUGCGCUUUUGGUCUAUUAUAUUCAUGUGAACCGUCAUUUUUAAAUUUCCAUAAUGACAAACCUUGUGCUGAGUAAACUUUCAGACUGCAUUUUUGUUGAUUUUGUUUUUCUCCCUUUCUUUGCAUCUAUAUAUAUAGUAUAUACUUCUAGAAUUAUCCAAUUUAUUAUUUUAGCUAAUAAUCUGAAAGCUAAAACUACUUUUCAUCCAACUUAUUUACUCCCCUGUGUGUGUUUUGUGUCCACUCAACCACCAGUUUAAUUCUCGUGAGAAUAACAUUCACUAAGUAGCUUCCCUUUGGUGUUUUGUGUGAUUUAUUUAUUUAUUUAUAUAUAUAUAUA